GAGGCCGCCGGGAGCGAAGGAGGCACCAGGCCACGGAGCUGCAGCCGCAGGAGGAGCCGGUCCAGCACCGGGAGAUGCGGGGGCCGGCAGUGAUGUGGGCCAUGCAGCCCCCGUCUGGGACCGGUUCCCCCACACACCCCCCAGCCGGGGCCGGGGCCGGGGCCGAGCUCCCCGGCCCAGAGCCCUGGCGCCAGCGCUUCCGGGGCCUGUGCUACCGGGACGCCCCGGGGCCGCGGGAGGUGUGCCGGCGCCUGCAGGAGCUGUGCCGGGGCUGGCUGGAGCCCCAGCGCCGCAGCAAGGAGCAGGUGCUGGAGCUGGUGGUGCUGGAGCAGUUCCUGGCCAUCCUGCCCCCGGGCAUGCGGAGCUGGGAGUGGGGGCGCAGCGUGCAGACCUGCGCCCAGGCCGUGGCCCUGGCCGAGGGGUUUCAGCGGGGGCUGGAGGAGGACGAGAAACGCCAGGUCGCGGCGCGGGGGAAGGUGCAGGACGUGGGCGCAGAGGAGAUGCCGUCCCCGGGGGCGCGGCGGGAGCCUGGCGAUGCCUGGCGGGAGCAGCCCCAGGCCCGCGGUGCCGACAGGCCGCUGGAGGAGGCCGGGCAGAGGGAGACGCGGGGGCCUCAGGACCCCGAGGAGGAGCCCCCGCCCCGCCAGGAGUCAGACUGCCCCAAAACAGAGGAGACCUGGGAGAUGUCAGCAGAUGAAAGCUCCUCGGGCUGCUGCCCCAGACGAGGCCCUUCCCCAGGAGCAGGUGCUGGGACCCUGAGCAGAGCUGAGCAGAAGCCUCCUGGAGAAGAGCCUGUAACCCUGGAGCUGCACAGGACUUCCCCAGGGAGCCUGGAGGAGAGGGGCUCCCCGACACGUGAGCUGGGCCAACUGCAGAAGGGGCAGGGCAGGCCUCCAAGGCAAGAGCUCCGGGAGGUGUUUGAGGACGUGGCUGUGUAUUUCACACGGAAGGAGUGGGAGCUGCUGGAAGAUGAAGACAAGGUGCUUUACCGGGACGAGAUGCUGAAGUAUUACGAAGCCCUCAUUUCCCUGGGAUAUCAGGGUCCCACACCGGACUUAGUCUGCCGCAUCCAGCAAGGACAGGUGGAGCUGUGGGUCUGUGAAGAUGAGGACGGUGGGGAAAUCUCAAGGUCCGAGGAGCUGCUGCCAGGAGGCACCUGGCUGCUGAGCAGAGCUGAGGAGCAACCUCCUGCGGAUGGGGCUGCAGACCUGGAGCCAGCAGGGACUUCCCCAGGGAGUUUGGCUGAGAUGGACCCCCUCACACCUGAGGAGGAUCAGUGGCACAAGAGUCAGGGGAGGCCCCAAAAGCAGAAGGGGAAUGUAGCGGUGAACCAGCAGCAAAGCACCCACCUGGGCAGGAAGACACACCGCUGCACUGAGUGCAGGAAGAACUUCAUCUGCUGGCAAGACCUGUCCCAGCACCAGUGUGUGCGGCACUGCUGCACCAAGUGUGGGAAGAGAUUCAAGCAGCUCUCCAACCUGGCUAGGCACUGGUGCACGCACACAAGGGAGAAGCCACAUCAGUGCUCAGAGUGUGGGAAGAGCUUCACUCAGUCGUCCUACCUGGCCCGGCACCAGCUCAGUCACACAAGGCAGAAGCCACAUCGGUGCUCGGAGUGUGGGAAAAGCUUCACUUUUUCCUCCAGCCUGGCUGAGCACCAGUGUAUGCAUGCAGGGGAGGAGGUAUAUCAGUGCUCAGUAUGUGGGACGAGCUUCACCCGACCCUCUCACCUGGCCCGGCACGAGCUCAUGCACACCGGGGAGAAGCCACAUCAAUGCUUGGAAUGUGGGAAAAGCUUCAACCGAUCUUCUCACCUGGCCCAGCACCAGCGUAUCCACACUGGGGAGAAGCCACAUCAGUGCUCUGAGUGCGGGAAGAGCUUCACUCAGUCCUCCUACCUGGCCCGACACCAGGUCAGCCACACCAGGCAGAAACCACAUCGGUGCUCGGAGUGUGGGAAAAGCUUCACCCAGUCCUCCAGCCUGACCAAACACUGGCUCAUCCACACUGGGGAGAAACCACAUCAGUGCUCGGAGUGUGGGAAGAGCUUCACUUAUUCCUCCAGCCUGGCUGAGCACCAGCGUAUGCACAAAGGGGAGGAGGUAUAUCAGUGCUCAGUAUGUGGGACGAGCUUCACCCGACCCUCUCACCUGGCCCGGCACCAGCUCAUCCACACCGGGGAGAAGCCACAUCAGUGCUUGGAGUGUGGGAAGAGCUUCAACCGAUCCUCUAACCUGGCUAAGCACCAGCUCAUCCACACUGGGGAGAAACCACAUCAGUGCUCAGAGUGCGGGAAGAGCUUCACCCACUCCUCCAGCCUGACCCAACACCGGCUCAUCCACACAGGGAAGAAGACACAUCAGUGCCCAGAGUGCGGGAAGUGCUUCACCCGAUCCUGUCACCUCACCCGGCACCAGCUCAUCCACACCGGGGAGAAGCCAUAUCAAUGCUUGGUGUGUGGGAAGAGAUUCAACCGAUCCUCCAACCUCGCCCAGCACCAACUCAUCCACACCAGGGAGAAACCACAUCAGUGCUUGGUGUGCGGGAAGAAGUUCAGUCGAUCCUCCAUCCUGGCCCAGCACCAGCUCAUCCACACAAGGUAGAAGUCACAGCAGUGCUCAGUGUGGGAAGCGCUUCCUCCACUCCACCAGACUGGCUCGGCACCAGUGCAUCCAUAGUCAGCAGUGUCCAUAAUUCUGCCAGCAAUACAGGAAGGGCUUGGGGAUUUAUACCUGCCUAGCACCCACCCGUGUCUACAUUCAGGGAAGUGGUCUCAUGCUCAUGUGAUGCAGCAACAGUUCACCCUUCGUUCAGCCCUUCUAGGGCACUGCAGAUCCCAAAGGACACAGGGGCUGCCCUCCCAGGUCUGAUGUGGGUGAUGGUUUAAAAGGAAACACGUCAGGCAGAGGCUAGCCGGAUGCUGGGGGAACCUGUAAGGAAAAGAUCAUCCUGGGAGCCUGUGGCAUCCCCAUCAUUCUCCAAAAGCAGCUGGUGCUCUCACGGGGAGAAGUACCUGCACAGUAGGUGCCCUCCCCAAGACAGCUGGCUCCAAAUGACCCCCAGGGACUGUCUUUGGCCAACUCCCAGCUUCAACUUCCCUCCUGGUCCCAGGGUCCUUGUAUGUGAAGCUCUGCAGUUGCAGGGAGGAGGACGUUUAUUGCUAGAGAAGGAUUCCCUGCCUUCCACCCUGCCCAUGCCUUUCCUCCCCACUGCAUCAUCCCUUUCCCAGGCCUGCACAUGCCCAGCAGGGUCUGCAAGAAACUGCUACAGCCGCCCCAUGAGCCCAGUUUUGGCAGGUUUCACUUCCCAGCCCGUCAUCAGAUCUCUGCACCACCAGGUGCCAGCUGCCCCCCGUCCUCCUUCCCUUCAUGCUAUUGUCUAUAGCAUAUUUCUUGAUAAUCAAGCCCCACAACUUAACAUGAUACCCCUGUGGUUGAUCUCUGUGUCCUCUGCAGAGCUGUGAAAUGGAAACAGACCAGGGCCCAGAACCCUUUCCAUGGAAGAUCUCUGUGAUUCCUCACCCCCGUCCCUUUCCAGAGGAUUCGCCACAAUCCAGGGGGUUUUGAUUAGGCUCAGAAGCAGGAGUUCAUCAUCUUUGAGGCAUCAGUCCCAAAUCCUGCUGUACAGCCAAGAACCCUUCCCUUUUGAAUGACCCCCUGCCCAGGGGGAAGUAGAGUCUCUUCUCUGGGUUAAAUGCGAUAGUUGGGGUAAAUGAGGUGCAGCCUGUGACAGGUCCUGGCCCUUCUGUGGAAGGGCGGGGAAAGUGUGAAGGCAUCCUGUGGGUGAAACGCAGCAUGUUGUAAUUUCCCACUGGGAAUAUCGAGGCUUCCCUGCUAGUGCCAAAGCCAUUUGGCUCCAUGAGUGCCUGUAGGGGCUACUCCUACAGUGUAUAUAAAUCUGCCUUCUCUCUUUCCCUUUUAUAGCAUUUAAGAAAAUAAAUAUCACUUCUCAGUGAGCCAUUUUUUUUGGCAGGAUGGCUCGUUUCUCUUGUUGUUGGAGAUGGCCACAGAAAGAAGGGAGGGGAUGGGACUUUGUUCAACACAUUCUGAAUGUGCCGGUUUCCUGUUGAAUGGCUAAGGGGUGGUGAAGUUUGGGGCCAGGUGUGUAGGUGAGGGAGUGUGUGGCAAAGGAAUUGAAAUCCAACCCACCCCUUUCCAAGAGGAGGGCAUGUGUGCAGAUCAGUCAAGGUCCCUGAUGUCUCUUCAGAAGUCCUGUGUCCCCAGUGUAGUUCUCACUGCUUUUUGUGGCAUAGUCCUGUGGAGAAGAGCGUGGUGUGUUACAAAAGUAGAUGUGUAAGCACUGGUUGUGGGGGCCCUGAGCAGGCUUGAAUGGAAGCAUAGGGAGGCCCCAAAGUCCACUAAGGCCCCCACUAUCUGAAAUUGGUCAGACUGCAUGUGGGGAUGUGGCCAGCCUCUGCCUGCAAAGAGAAAGGCCAAAUAGCUGCUUCUCUCCCACAGCAGCUCCAGCAAGUGGAUGGGAACAUGGGAGAGUCCCACUGAGACCCUGCCCAGAGGUCAGGCCUCCACUUACCCCCGUGGCCACAGCCACGUCAUGCUCCAGUUCUUAUUUGAUGAUGACAUUUGCACCAGGAGGGAUGAAGCCAGUACAUCUUCCCUUUUGAUUUCUUUCCCCUCGGCUCAGAUUGCAGAGACCCAAAAGGCUGCUGAGCAAGGUGAAGUUGGAGGUGGUGAUUUAGAGCCCACAUCUGGCAGCCUGUGUCAGGUUUCAGACAGUGUAUAAACCUGCCUCCUCCUUUUCCCUCUAUUACGGUGUUUAAGAAAAUGAACUCCCUGUUAACUAUGUAGCAGGAACUGAACUAAUGUAGGUGAUGUUAACAUAAGGUGUAAUAAUAGUGAAAUAUAACCAUGUUAGUCUUGUCCUGUAA